GUCAGAUCGAUAACUACAGCAGUUACGGUUUAAAAUAAGAUUAAAUAAGACGUUUACUUGCUUGCCUUAUUAAUUAUAUUAUUAAUUAUGACAUCGGAGAGUUAUCAAGUAUUUUUAAGUAGACGUAUAGUAACUGAGAGUAAAAUUUUUGAUGGUGGUGUUUUGGUUAAAGAUGGUGUGAUAGAACAACUGCUGACAAGGGAAGAAGUGAACAAUCUCGUUAUAGAAAAUGACGGCAAGAUUGAGGUGAUAGAUGGUGGUAAUUCUGCGUUAAUAGCUGGCGUGGUCGAUUCACAUGUCCAUGUGAAUGAACCUGGUCGCACGGCCUGGGAAGGGUUCCGUACUGCAACUAGCGCGGCGGCUGCUGGCGGUAUUACCACCAUUGUUGACAUGCCACUAAAUUCAAUACCACCGACUACAACACUAAUGAACCUGAAAAUUAAAGCCUCCGCAGCUGUUGGGAAUGUUUUUGUUGAUAUCGGUUUUUGGGGAGGAGUCAUUGUAGGAAAUCAGAAUUCCCUUCGAGAUUUGGUGAAGGCUGGUGUUGUGGGAUUCAAAUGUUUCCUCUGUCCUAGUGGCGUAGAGGAAUUCCCAAAUGUGGAGCCUCAGGACCUUGAACAUGCUUUUGCCGAGCUCGAAGGAACCGGAACAGUAUUAGCAUUCCAUGCCGAAAUUGAAGAAGACAAUAUUACGCUAAGAAAUAAUAUCAAAAAGAAAGAUCCCGAAGAAUAUACAACCUACCUGGAAACGCGGCCGCCGUCAAUGGAAUUGAAUGCCAUAAAGCUUAUAAAUAAUUUUGUUCAGAAGACUGAUGUUCGAGUGCAUAUAGUGCAUGUGUCAUCAGCGAAUGUUGUGCCAAUGUUAGAAGAGGCGCGUCGGGGAAGAUUGUCAGCCGGAAAUAAAUCCUGGCGAGGGGGCGUUACUGCGGAGACCUGCCAUCAUUACCUUACCCUCAGCUCCGAUCAAAUCCCACGGGGAUGCAGUGAAUAUAAGUGCGCACCACCCAUCAGGGAUAGUGAUAACAAGGAGAGGUUGUGGAAAUAUUUAUUAGAGGACAAACUUGAUAUGGUUGUUUCUGACCAUUCUCCUUGCACUCCCGAGCUUAAGUGCAGUAAUAAUUUAGAAGCAUGGGGCGGAAUAUCUUCUGUACAGUUUGGCUUAUCUUUAUUUUGGACAAAUGCUAGUGCACGUGGUUUGGAUUUGCGGAGUAUCAGUAAAUAUUUAAGUUCUAAUACUGCAUUGCUUUGCGGUCUUGAAGAUAAAAAGGGAGCAAUAAAACCUGGGCUGGAUGCUGACCUGGUGUUUUUUGACCCAGAUUCUACAUUCACAGUAACUUCAGAAAUUAUACGUCAUAAAAACAAGUUGACUCCAUACUUGGGGAAAGAACUACAGGGUGUGGUAAAGCAGACUUACCUACGUGGACAGCUUAUAUACGAUGGUUCAGAUGUAUUAGAAGAACCCCGAGGAAAUUUAUUGUUGAAUAAAUUUGUGCCAACCUGA